GUAUAAGAUAAUACGGACACAAGCAAUUGCCUUAGAGAAGAAGCAGAAAUGGCGCCUGGAGCGGAAGGGAAAGGCGUUGUUUUCUGUUGUUGUGUGCAUGCCUACCUACUAUGAAUGAAGAGUCUUCUUCCUCCUCCUCCAAACGGCGUGGGCCGACGACCUAUCCUCCUCCAGACGCAUCGGCGGCUACCGAUGAUGCUACGGAGGCGUCGCUAACGCGGAGAAGCAAGAACGAUCGGAUCCCCUUGUCCCUGGGAAAAGCCUCGCUGAGGAUCCGGCUAGAGGCGUACUACAGCUUGAUAUCUCCAGCAAUACUGUCCGAUCGGACUGCGUGGCUACGCAAGUACGAUCAAAUCUACGAAAAGGUGAGCACUGGCACACAAAAACAGGAAAGCAAGCGCGCUGUCCUGUUCUGAACCACAUUCAUUCCGUUGUUUAUUGUCAUACCAACCUGGAAAAUCACCACUGGCUUUUAAUGCUCUUUUGGAUCGUUUCUUACGACACACUCUAUGCGACCAAAUCGAACCGAAUCAGUACGGAGGAACCCAUUCGGGAGAGCGAAAACUAGCAACCAAGCUGGCGAAAAAGUAUGGAACGGCCGUGCGGCUCCUCUUGGUGUCCGAUUCGUCCUCCCUCGUUCCGAGGUUUCCUACGGAUAGCAACCGCAGCAAUGAUCUCGCUAACACGAGGAAGAGCAAUCUUCCACGAGACGAAUCGUGGUACCAGCUACGGAAGGAGGAAGCUGGAAGUGGAAUUGUCGACUUUUUGUCCUCAAGGUUCGACCCGGUCGAGGCACUUACGGGUGCUUCUGGAAGGGGCAGUGUUGCCAGAGCCAAUCCGUGGAUGGAAGAGCUCUUGCCGAAGACCAUUCUAGACAACAUCGGAAAGUGCGCUGCUCUGCUGCCCACCGAUGAUCCGUUGCGAAAGGAAAAUCAUCUCCAGCUGCAGCUUCGGAAAUCUGCUGCGUCGCGGAAUAGUUCUUCGCAGCAGAACCAGCUUGCCCUGGGCACGGCGGCGGCAGCAGAAUCCGUACAGAUACGGCCCACCACCUUGCGCAAGCAGACCAACCACGAUCUACAUCCUUUCGAGGCGAUUGCCUCGCACCUCGACACCGGGCCGCAUUCUCUUCUUUUUCGGUUGCGCAGGGACCGAAAACGCGCCAGGGUCGUCGUCCGGUACGUCAACAUGGUCCGGGGAACGAUUACGGGGAGCCUUGUGGCCUUCGACAAGCACAUGAAUCUGAUACUGAGGGACGUUGAGGAAAUUUAUUCCCCCCGCAUCAACGACAAAGAAUGCCGUCUUUCAAACCUGGAACUCGAACUUGAGCGAAGGCGGAGGCUAUCGCUUGAUGCGGAGGAUCUGGGCACGAGUCUCGAAGC